ACAAUAUUCUCAUUGUUUCGGUAUAAAAUUAUUUUCAUACGUUUUUUUUACUUUGAAUGAAUUAAGUUGUUCGUGAUUUGUAUAACCAAGAAUUGUAUCAUUUGUAAUAUUUGCAAAUUUACUUGAUAUAAAAAGAACGGUAGCCAUGGUUGCCCGUGUUUUAUUCAGAAAUUGGACUUCUCUACGUUAUUUUCUUUGUAAUUGUUAUAAAGAUCAAAACAAAAUUAAAAGUUCUAAAUAUGUUGGUAUUGGUUUUUUCACAGCCAUCAUGGUAUACAAUACUUCUGGAAAUAUAGUUUUAGCAGCUAAAAAUGAAUUAGAUAUGAAACAAUUCAUGGCGCAACCCAUUACCGACAUGGAGGAAUUAAAGAAAAGGAAUAAUAUGAGAAAAAAAGUAGAAUUGUUAGUAAUGAAAACCCAAGGAGAUUUUUGUAAAGCUUUAGAGUCAUUAGAAGAUCCUGCUUAUCGUUUUAAAGUUGAUCGAUGGAUCAGAGAGGAAGGUGGUGGAGGAAUUACUUGCGUUUUACAAGAUGGAACUGUUUUUGAAAAGGCUGGUGUAAAUGUAUCUGUUGUUACCGGUACAUUGCCAUCGAGCGCGGUGCAACAGAUGAGAGCACGUGGAAAAACUAUGCAAGAAGGACCUAUGCCAUUCUUUGCAGCUGGUGUAAGCGCUGUAAUUCAUCCACGUAAUCCCAUGAUUCCAACAAUACAUUUUAAUUAUCGUUACUUUGAGGUUGAAAAUCAAGAUGGAUCGAUUCAAUGGUGGUUUGGAGGAGGUACCGAUUUGACGCCCUACUACUUAAAUGAAGACGAUGUAAAACAUUUUCAUAGUGCUUUAAAACAUGCAUGUGAUAAACAUGAUCCUUCUUACUAUCAAAAAUAUAAAAAAUGGUGCGACGAUUAUUUCUUUAUUACGCAUAGAGGAGAAUGUAGAGGCGUCGGCGGUAUCUUUUUUGAUGAUCUUGAUGUGCCAAAUCAAAAUGACGCAUUCCAAUUUGUAAAAUCUUGCGCAGAAGCUGUUAUUCCUUCUUAUAUUCCAUUAGUGGAAAAGCAUAAAGAUGAUGCAUAUGGAUAUGCAGAGAGGCAAUGGCAGUUACUACGUAGAGGACGAUACGUUGAAUUUAAUUUAAUAUACGAUCGCGGUACAAAAUUUGGUUUAUACACUCCUGGUGCACGAUACGAAAGUAUACUAAUGUCUUUACCUUUGUCUGCAAACUGGCAGUAUAUGCAUAAACCAGAUCCUGGGUCAAAAGAAGCAAAACUUAUCGAUGUACUACAAAAUCCUAGGGAUUGGUUGAAUAUACAAAAAUAAUAUUCAAUGUAUAAAAGAAAUACUAUCAAAAUGUCUCCAUACAUAAAGAAUAUUAUUCUUGUUAUUAUUAGAAUUAUCAUUUCAAUGAAUAAUAUAAACUAAGAUCUCCAUGAUUUAUUAUAUUUUUUAUUCAAUUAGCAAAUGAAUUUGCAUUGAUUUAUACAAACGCGCGCGUACAUAAGCAAAUAAACAAAGCUAAUUACAAAAAACAUAGUAGUAAUUUCAGUUUUACAAGA